AUGGCAAGUGUUGUCCCUGCUGGCACGGAAGUGACACGUCAGGGUGUGUCCGACAGGAUUGGAAAAAGAGGACGUGUCAUGGUGGUGAAGCCGAUUGCUAGGGCAUACAUUCUAUCUGGGCAUAUGAUGUCCAACAUGGCUGUUGGUGACUGGCUUCUGCGCAAGAAGUGGCCUCCGGUCGUAGCACUUAUUAUUGCUCUGGGUCUACAUACAGCAGAUUUCUUUGGAGCCUUCUACAAUCUGUCUGUGGUUCCAGGAGAACACCAAACUCCAGUGCGGAUAUUUGAGCCGACGCUGGAAUCGUCAAUCAUGUCAGUGGUGUCCUUUCUGGCUUUUGGUGUGGCUUUGCUGAGCGUGCUCACACGAGUUCACAGUCAGUUGCUUUGGAUGACCCUGCGAACCUUCGACCCAUGGGCAACUUGGACAUGUCAAGUUUAUCUCCGAAAAUUGGAACAGGUCAAAACUUCUUGCAGGUCAUUUUCUCGAUAUCGGCUACGCGACUCGGGCGAUGAUGUGGCAAGUGUGCACGACUACUUUUCAUGGGGCAUCGAUCUAGUGAUCGUCCUUCAAUUCUCUUCCUUGCUGAUUUUGGCAGAAGCCGCCGACAUCCCCAAAGAUGUGAUGCGGAUUUGUGUGGCGAUAUGCCUGAUUUAUUGCAUCGUGCUAUCAGCUGGUCCACUGAUCUGGGAAAACAUGCCGGACUGGGAUGCGGAUGCGAAAGUUCAAUUACUUUUCUUCGCGAAUAUGGCACCCAAGAGUCAGUUUGUGAGCGCCUAUGGAACAAUGGCUGUACUUCUCACGAAGGCCGCCGUGAGCACUAUUGUCCAGAAGAAUGCCUUCAUGUAUCUUCGCUGUCAUUAUGAGUACUGCAUGGAUCAAUUGGAUGCUUCAUUUGCAAAGCUGGCGCAAAGUGAUCCAUCGGCGAUAUCUUAUUCAGAUUUUCGCCUUGCACUGCAAGAAAUGGGCAUCUCAGAGAGCCACAUUUUUGCCGGAUUCAACCUUCUAGAUAUCGAGCAGAGCGGCAAGGUGUCGCUUCAGAAUUUCCGGAAGUGCUUGAUGGACAUCUUUGCCGAAUAUCCAGAUGCCUCGCAUAUUGUGCUGCUGGGUAAGUUUUGCCAAGAAGCAUUCAAUCAAACCUCCGGCUACAGUUCUCUGGAUAGCAUGUUCGGUACAGUUUUCAGCCACUGGCGCCGCUUCAAGUUAGAAGAAUUUGGUGAAUGCAUAUACCAGUGCCUCACCCAAGAUCCUGCCUUGGCAUCUCUCUUCAGAAGAGAAAAAAUGCGCACCCAGGCACUUCUCUUUGCCGCUUUCGUUCAGGUGGCUUUGAGUUGGUUGGAAGAGAAAGACUUCAGAAAAGUGGAUAGAGAUAUGGCCUCCCUUGGAUUGCGCCACCGAUCCUAUGGAGUGGAACCCGAGUAUGUUUGCAUGUUUCAGAUCGCUCUUCUGCAAACGGUCAGUACGAUCCUGAACGGUCUAUCUCUUCAAGCCGAGAUUUCCUGGUCAGUUGUGUGGAGCCACUUUGUCGUGGCCCCAUUCCUGGCAGGUCUCGUCGAUUUGGACAGCGAACGGCCAGGUGUCUACCGCGCAGUGAAAGAUAUUCUUCUGCAAGCCAAGAAAGAACCACAAUUCGUGACAAUGCUAGUACGGAACCUCCACGGCAUCGUGGGGGGAUACUGUGAAUGGUCUCGCUUGUUUCGAGAUCCCGAGCAUGAAGUACAGCAUUUGGCUAUGCUUUUGGGUUUUCUGAUUCAGGUCUUUACACACUCCACGGAAUCCAGCUGGGCAGUCUUUAUGCAGACAGAGGUGUUGGAAGUCUUGCUGCUGGCGCCGUUCGCUGAGACCCAAGAUAGAGUCGAGGAAUGGGCCAGCCAGAUGGAUGGUCAGGAAGCUACUUGCCUUGCGAUCAGAGUUGAUGGAAAGGCCUGGAGGGCCUUAAUGAAACUGGCGUAUGUGGAUGAACCCUUGGCCGAAAAGGGCCUUCAAAGAGUCCACGCCGAGAAUGGAAAGUCCUCCUCAUUGACCGUGAACGAUGUCAUCAAGACCUUCUGCGACGAGAGCACUUCGGAUGACCUUGGGGCUGGAGUCAUCACCGCAAGUCAGCGGAAGUUCGAUGCUCGCGUGAUCUUGGGUCUUUUCCUGCCGGGUGCAGAGGAGCCGGUCCUCCUUUACGCUGCCGAUCGCCUAUCGCUGGAUAGAUCUGGCCGCCCAGCUGCGCCGAAUGAAGCGCUGGCCAGAGCGCUCCAGCGAAGCUACAAGAGCGGGUCCGGGACUUGUGAAAACAACAAAUAUACGGUGUAUGUAUCACCACCUUUGCGUUGUGAUUUCAGGCCCCUGCACAAUGCACGCAAAACCUGUGCUUCAAUUUGUAUUCUUUGGCCACGCGCAACUGGCAGCAUCACGGCCCAAAAAAAUCACCACCGACCAAAAAGGAGACUGACAGACGCUCUGCGGCUUUAA